AUGAGUGAUUAUGGAUGGGAAAGUCGGUGGGAAAAAUCUGACUGGAAGAAAGAUGAGAUGUUGGCCGGGGAAUGGAAUUACACUGCUGAAAAAUGGAAUGGCGAUCCUAAUGACAAAGGUAUACAAACAAGUCCAGACCACAGGUUCUACGCUAUUUCGGCUAAGUUCCUUGCAGUUAACAACAAGGGCAAGACUCUAGUAUUCCAAUUUUCUGUCAGGCACGAGCAGAAGAUUGAUUGUGGUGGUGGCUAUAUGAAACUGAUUAGUGGUGACAUUGACCAGAAGCAAUUCGGUGGUGAAACCCCAUACAGCAUUAUGUUUGGGCCUGAUGUCUGUGGAAGCAUCAAGAGAACUCAUGCUAUUCUUCACUACAACGGGACAAACCACCUGAUCAAAAAGGAAGUUCCCUGUGAGACUGACCAACUCACUCAUGUUUACACAUUUAUUCUCCGUCCAGACGCUACCUUUAGCAUUCUUGUUGAUAAUGUUGAGAAACGAAAAGUUAGCUUGUACACUGAGUGGGAACUUCUCCCACCGAAGAGAAUCAAGGAUCCCGACGCCAAAAAGCCUGAAGAUUGGGAUGACAGGCAAUACAUCGCUGAUCCUGAAGAGAAGAAGCCAGAGGGCUAUGAUGACAUUCCGAAAGAGAUCACUGAUCCAGAUGCGAAGAAGCCUGAAGAUUGGGACGAUGAAGAUGGUGAAUGGACAGCCCCAACGAUUCCCAACCCAGAGUACAAGGGUCCAUGGAAGCCAAAGGUUCAUUUUUAUUUAUUUCGUAUGAUUUAUUACUGUGUUUUUAUAUGGUCCACAGAUUUCAAGGACGAUCCUGAUCUCUAUGUUUAUCCCAACUUGAAGUACGUUGGUAUCGAAUUGUGGCAGGUGAAAUCUGGAACAUUGUUUGACAAUAUCUUACUUGCUGACGAUGUAGAGUAUGCUAAAAGGCUAGCUGAAGAAAUAUGGGGCAAGCACAAGGAUGCCGAGAAGGCUGCCUUUGAGGAGACAGAGAAAAAGGACGACCCAGUAGUUUCGGAUGCCGAAGACAACGACGAUGAUAGUGAUGGUGUUGGAAGUGAGUCCGAUUCAGAAAGCAAAUCAGACACAAGCAAAGACAGUAGUGAGAGAGAGAAGGAUGCGCAUGAUGAGCUUUAA